AUGCAAACUGCUUCUACAAACAUUUGUGAAAUACUGUGCAAUAUGUCCAUCCGUAAAAUGUCCUUGCUACUAAAUAUUCCACGGUCAACUGUUAUUGGUAUUAUGACAAAGUGGAAGCAACUGGGAACAACAGCAACUCAGCCACAAAGUGGUAGGCCACGAAAAAUGACAGAGUAGGGUUAGCGCAUGCUGAAGCGCACAGUGAGCAGAAGUCGCCAACUGUCUGCAGAGUCAAUAGCUAAAGACCUCCAAACUUCAUGUGGCCUUCAGAUUAGCACAACAACAGUGUGUAGAGAGCUUCAUGGAAUGGGUUUCCAUGGCCGAGCAGCUGUAUCCAAGCCUUAUAUCACCAAGUGCAAUGCAAAGCGUUAGAUAAAGCAUGCCACCACUGGACUCUAG